AUGCCGCAUAACGAGCUGCUCCUCAUUGAUAUUGGAAUUGGUGAGUGCCAUGUCACAAAGGUUCUCGUCGACACCGGCAGUUCAGUCGACCUUUUCUUUCGAGACACGCUCGAUAAAAUGGGGGUCUACCUACGCGACAUGAAGCCCUCUUCACGCACUCUCACGGGAUUCAACGGCUCCUCGGAACAGAUGAUUGGGACGAUACGUCUCCCAGUUUGCGCAGGUGACGUAACCCGCACCGUUAAGUUAUCUGUCAUCUGGGCUAGGGCACCUUACAAUGCCAUCCUCGGAUUCAUAGCCGAAGUACGGUACCCAGAGUGGCUAGCAAACCCCAUCUUCGUAAAAAAGAAGAACGGGAAGUGGCGCAUUUGUGUUGACUUCACAGAUUUGAAUAAGGCCUGCACGAAAGAUAGCUACCCCCUCCCGCAUAUCGACCGCUUAGUAGAGUCGACAGCCGGUAAUGAGCUCUUAACCUUUAUGGAUGCUUUUUCGGGAUACAAUCAAAUCAUGAUGCAUACGGAUGAUCACGAGAAAACGGCAUUCAUAACAGACAGAGGGACAUAUUGCUACAAAGUCAUGCCAUUCGGCCUGAAGAACGCAGGGACGACAUACCAGCGUCUAGUCAAUAGAAUGUUCGCCGACAAACUUGGCAACACUAUGGAAGUCUACAUCGACGACAUGCUGGUCAAAUCACUUCGCGCCAAAGACCAUCUGGACCACUUGCGAGAUUGCUUCAAAACGAUGAACGAGUAUAAAAUGAAGCUCAACCCGGUAAAAUGCACCUUCGGUGUCACAUCAGGAGAAUUCCUUGGUUACAUUGUUACUCAGCGAGGCAUCGAAGCAAACCCAAAGCAAAUAACGGCAAUCCUUGAUCUCCCAAGCCCUAAGAACACCCGCGAAGUUCAGCGUUUAACCGGAAGGAUUGCAGCGCUUAACAGCAGCGUCCUUAUACGAGAAGACCGAGGAGAACAGAAGCCUAUUUUCUACAUAAGCAAGCGAAUGACGGAACCAGAGAUGAGAUACCCGACCUUAGAGAAGAUGGCCCUCGCCGUCGUCACCUCAGCAAGAAAACUCCGACCUUACUUCCAGUCACACACUAUCGAGGUACUCUCCAACCAUCCCCUUCGAACGGUAAUGCAAAACACUAAUCAAUCAGGGAGGCUAACAAAAUGGGCAGUGGAACUAAGCGAGCACGACAUCGUGUACAAGAAUAGAACAGCAGCUAAGUCGCAAGUUCUUGCUGACUUCUUGAUCGAGCUAACACCGGAGUUAGAACAGGAUCUCGUGCUACCGAGUCUAAAGUGGAUAUUGCACGUAGAUGGAUCAUCCACGAACAAAGGUUCGGGGGCAGGCGUACAGCUCCAAUCCCCGACAGGCAAACUAAUCCGGCAAUCGUUCAGUUUUGGCUUUGUCGCGUCCAACAACGAAGCCGAGUAUGAGUCUCUCAUCGCAGGCCUUCGUCUUGCAAAAGAAGUAAAGGCUAAACGAAUCAGCGCAUAUUGUGACUCCCAACUCGUAGUGAGUCAGUUUCUUGGAGAAUAUGACGUCAGAAAUGAGAGGAUGGAUGCCUACUUAACACUUGUCAAAGAUCUUACACGGGAUUUUGAGUUCUUCGAGCUCACAAAAGUUCCCCGCGGAGAGAACGUAUGCGCGGACGCCCUCGCAGCCCUCGGAAGUAAGCAACACGACCAGGUGAAAAGGAUAAUCCCGAUACACAGGAUCGAGAUGCCAAUCAUCAGCCCAGCGACAGAGCCGCUUGCCAUUGCAGCAUCUAUCACCGACGCCAUGAAUAUUGAACAGCUCAACGAUUGGAGAACGGAAUUCAUCGAAUACCUAUCCAACGGCGUAUUACCCACAGAAAAAUGGGAAGCACGACGACUCAAAUGGCGCAGUGCACAUUACGUCGUCAUGGAUGGCGCACUUCAUCGAUGGACUGCAACAAAGGUACUCCUUAAAUGCAUUUCCGGAGACGAAACAAGACUAUUCAUGGCCGAAACACAUGAGGGGGCAGCAGGAAAUCAUUCGGGGGGACGAGCUCUCGCAUUAAAAGUGAAAAGCCUUGGUUUCUACUGGCCAACUAUGAACGCAGAUUGCGAGUACUAUGCCAAGAAAUAUGACAAGUGCCAGCGACACGCUUCAACCAUCCACAGUCCGACGGAGUUACUCCAUACCUUAACGGCGCCAUACCCCUUCAUGUGGUGGGGAAUGGAUAUCAUUGGACCAAUGCUGAGCUCUCGACAGAAAAGAUUCAUCCUGGUCUUAACAGAUUACUUCACCAAAUGGGUGGAAGCAGAAGCCUACGCCAGCAUCACCGACAAGGAAGUGCAGAAGUUUGUUUGGAAGAACAUCAUCUGCAGACACGGGUUCCCGUAUGAAAUAGUUACCGACAACGGAUCCCAGUUUAUCUCCCAUAACUUCAAGGAAUUCUGCGACAGAUGGAGAUUCGACUCAAUAUGUCCACACCGAGAAACCCGCAAAGCAACGGUCAGGCUGAGUCCACAAACAAAACAAUCAUCGACGGACUUAAAAACGACUAGACUUGAAGAAAGGAUGUUGGGCCGAAGAACUGGAUGGAGUCCUCUGGUCCCAUAG